GCGAAUAAAUUUAGCCUCAAGACCAGAAAUUAUAGUGCGUAUGGCGGCUAUCUGUAGCCGACGUAAUUGAAAAAGUCUUUCAAAAUACCUUAACGUAAUAAUUACUAUCACUUAUCGCUUGAAUUAUUCGGUAAAAGUGUAAUCUGAAUUCCGAAACACUCGCGCGUGAGUAUUGAUAGCGUGAUAGGUGCUGCAAUCGCAACAAUCGAUACCUUGUGGACGGUGGCCUUUACUUAGUGCGAAGUUUGUAACGCUUGCCGGAACUCUCGAACUCGAAAUAAUCGCGGGGCCCAUCGAGGAGCCUAUGCUAUGUUGCAUAGCGUUGCCAGACUCCCGCUAGCGAACUAUUUACGUUGCUGCACACCGACCAACCAUUUGCGAAAAGUUUCCCGCACCGGCGGCUUAAGCAGCAGCCAACUCGGUUUUCAGCCUGCGACAGUUGACUGUUGUUCCCUUUCAACAAGUUCCCCGUUGCUGUUUCACUCGAUUCCUUCACCGCCGGCAUCACCCCAACAUCAGCCUUCCCAUCCCCUAGCGACAACGCAAGUGCGCUCUUGCUCGCAGCAUUCGAAAGGACCGACCAGCGGCAUGGAAGCGAACUCAAGCGGUGGUGCAGCAGCUGAACCAAAGUUUACCAACCGAUUGAAGCAAGAGAAAUCCCCCUAUCUACUACAGCAUGCGCACAAUCCUGUCGAAUGGUACCCGUGGGGCGAAGAAGCGAUUCAACGGGCACGUGCCGAGAACAAACUGAUUUUCCUCUCCGUCGGCUACAGCACCUGUCAUUGGUGCCACGUGUUGGAGAAGGAAUCGUUCGAGAAUGAGGAGGUGGCCAAAAUUAUGAACGAACACUUUAUCAACAUCAAAGUGGACCGGGAGGAAAGACCAGACAUCGACAAGCUGUACAUGAUGUUCAUCCUGCUGAUAAACAAUUCCGGCGGAUGGCCAAUGUCGGUAUGGCUAACACCGGAGCUGGCCCCAGUUACCGGUGGGACCUAUUUUCCACCGAAUGAUCGCUGGGGUAUGCCUGGGUUCACGACGGUUCUGACGAAGCUGGCUAGCAAGUGGUCCACGAACAAAGAGGAUCUCGUUUCCACGGGUCGUUCCGUAAUUGAGGCGAUUCGGCGCAAUGUGGACCAUAAGCGGGCAGACGAAGCGGAUGAUGUGACGAACGUGGAGACCCUGGAAGCGAAGUUUAAACAGGCGGUCAACAUGUACCAGCGCAACUACGAUCCGGUGUGGGGUGGAUCGCUCGGUGCGCCCAAAUUCCCGGAAGCGUCUAAGCUCAACCUGAUGUUCCAUCUGCAUGUACAGGAGCCGAAGCAUAAGGUGCUUGGAGUGGUGUUGAACACGCUGGACAAGAUGGCGGCCGGUGGUAUACACGAUCACGUGUUUGGAGGCUUUGCGCGAUAUUCGGUGGAUAAAAAGUGGCACGUACCACAUUUCGAAAAAAUGCUGUACGAUCAGGGCCAAUUAUUGUCCCUUUAUGCGAACGGUUACCGACUGACAAGGAAACCUUCCUAUCUGACUGUAGCGGAUGCAAUCUACCGCUAUCUCUGCAAGGACCUGCGCCACCAGGACGGAGGAUUUUACAGCGGCGAAGAUGCAGAUUCACUACCAACGGCGGACAGUGAGGAUAAGAUCGAAGGUGCCUUCUACGCGUGGACGCACGACGAAAUCAAGCAGGUGCUGCAAACGAACGUGGAAAAGUUCGGUGAUCUGGGUGGAGUCGAUCCGGUGGCCGUGUAUGCCGGACACUACGACGUGAAGGAAGAGGGCAACGUGAAACCGGCCAGCGAUCCACACGGACAUUUGCUAGGCAAGAACAUUCUCAUCGUGUACGGAUCGGUGCGAGAAACGGCAGAAAAGUGUAACACGACGGUUGAAAUCGUGGAGCGUAUCUUGAAGACGGCUAAUGAGCUGCUGCACGAGGUGCGUGACAAGCGACCGAGACCACAUUUGGAUACGAAAAUUCUUUGCGCUUGGAAUGGUCUGGUCCUGUCCGGAUUGUCACAGUUGGCUUGCGUGAAGGAUGCACCGGGAAGGAGCGAAUAUCUUGCAACGGCCGAACAGCUGGUAAAGUUUAUCCGCGCAAAUCUGUACGAUGUGCAUGCGAGAAAGUUACUUCGCUCGUGCUACGGUGGUGCAGAAGAGACGUUGACAUCGGAACGACCCAUUUACGGGUUCAUCGACGAUUAUGCCUUUCUGAUCAAGGGUUUGAUCGAUUAUUACGUUGCCUCGCUGGACGAGCACGCACUGCACUGGGCGAAGGAGCUUCAGGACAUUCAGGAUGAGCUGUUCUGGGAUCCAAAGCAUGGUGCCUACUUCUACUCGGAAGCGAACUCUCCGAACGUGGCCGUUCGAUUGAAGGAAGAACACGAUGGCGCUGAACCGUGCGGUAACAGUGUCGCCGCGCACAAUCUCCUCCUGCUCAGCGAUUACUUCGAGGAGGAACGGCUCAAAGAGAAAGCGCGCACACUGUUCGACUACUUUGCGCACACGGCUCACUUCGGGUACGUGCUGCCGGAAAUGAUGUCGGCCGCACUGCUGGAGGAACAGGGCCGUAACACACUGAUCGUGGUCGGUCCGGAAAGCCCCGAGGCGACUGCACUCGUCGAUUCGGUGCGCGAAUUCUACGUGCCCGGUAUGAUCACCGUACAGCUAAAGAUCGAUCAACCACCACACAUUGUGCGACGCCGCAAGUCGCUGGAUAACUUCAAGAUGGUAAAGAACAUGCCGACUGCGUACAUCUGCCACAACAAGGUGUGCCAUCUGCCGGUGACGGAACCGGAACGCUUAACGGAAGAAUUUCAGCCACGCUACACAUUCGACUACCAAGAGUACGAGAACUGAUUCUUCGAGGCCUAAGGUUUUCCAAGUAAGUAGCAUUCCACUCACGGUGCUGGGUUAAAUGGGGGGAAUCGACUUUGGAUGGAGGACUGGUGGCCGCAGCUGGCGAUAUCAAAGGAAAAAAGGCAGACACAUUUCGGUAAGCGAAACGACAAGGACAACACUAACUGUGGACAAUUAGGCUUUAUAAGAAAACUACAUGUGAUGAAUAGAAACGCGAGUCGAAUAUCAAACUAACGAAAUCGAACCGCCAAGGGGAACCGCGAAAAAAGGGAAUAUUAUGGAGAUCGGAACGAGUUUCAUAUUAGCUAACAAUCGUACAGGAUUGAGACACACGGAGACAUACACACUUUGUUAGCUGGCAUGAAAUACUGCGUCGAGAUUUCACACCAACAAAAAGCAAAGCUUCUUCGUUCGUUAGUUCGGCUUCCGUUGCGAGUUCCCAGUUUUCAUUGACAUAACUAACCUCAACGAACCACUGAUUACGACGGGUUUUAAAACGAUAGAAUUCGCAUUCCGUCGGUAUGUUUCUUUUUGUUUUGUUUUUGCUUUCACUCGGCACAGCACGGGGAAAGUAAACUCUAUUCGUCGUUACCCAAGAACGUCUUUCUGCGCUGAAGGAGUAACAUUGGUUUUAUCGUUUUAUUGUUGAUAAUUUAUUAUGCCCUGUGUGUAGUAGCGUGUAGAACAGUGCACUGGUGUAUGUUUAGUUCGUGACGAAUUAUCGCUUUAAUUGAGCGUUCCACAUGUGUACGCAUUAGUGCACAGGCGAUGUUUUUGCAUAUAGGAUAUUAAACUGGAUUUGGUACGGAUGGUUAGGUUGAUGAAAGAGAAAAAAAACACCCAUUGCCAAACAUGAUUCAGUAGAGUAGUAGAGCGCAAUCUGCUGACCGCUAAUGUGUAGUGAUCGAUAAUCGAUUUCUUCCCCCCAUUUUCUUAUAGUUCACACGCGUCUCUCCACUUAUAAGCCAAACAAAGCUACAGAUAUUAAAAGAGAUAGAUUUUACCAAUUGAACCCAAUACUUACCAGAGGUUUUUUACAAGCAGUGAUCCAUUUUUUAAAUACACACAAUGUUCAAGUAAUUAGAGUGCUUGAUAGAGUAAAGUGAUGCACAAUUUUGUAGUGAGUUUUAAAAUUAUCGAAAAAAAUACAUAAUCAAAAUACAGAUCAAAUAAUGGCUUCUAGAAAUCAAACCACCACCCAAGGGUAAGGAAUCUCUAAAGAACCAAGCACACGACGUUGCAAGCUCCUUAGCGAUGCGUUUUAAUCGUUUUUAAGUCAAGUUUUGUAACUUGUUAUUAGCACGCGAGAUACAAAACGUAACGAAUGUGGCAAAACUAGGCAGAAAUGAUAAAUAAGACGGCGAAAGUCUCGAACGGAUUGAACGGGCAAAUUACCUGAUCGGGCAACAAAAACUGUCGUUUUAUCGAUGGAGAAAAAACAGAAAACAACCUCCAGUCAACACACGCGCGCUGAUUGAUAUUAAGCGAUUUUAUCUAGUUUUUAAUCAAUUUCUAUUUCGAUACUGUGAAACAAAACCGAAACGUAUGAAUAAAAGAAAUCAAUCCGAAG